AUGCUUCGCCGGUAUGGUCGUCCUCGGUCAUCGUCGCACCGUCGCUUCCGCGACGGAGAGCGUGCGCUCGGUCCUGAGCGCUCGUGGCUACGCCUCCGGCUGUUCCGGGCUCCACCACCAUUGCCGCCGUCAUCGGCGGCCCAGUUCGACGCUCUGAAGAAGGCCAACGUCGAAGAAGAUUCCCAAGUGUACCACCUCGUCGACGUGACCUAUUUCCCUUGCUUGCACGUGUGCGUGUUCAACGAAGAAUACAUUGCCAUAUUGCGAACCACCGGCCAGAAUAUGGGCACCAGUACCUUUGUGUUUCCAAACUAG